GGCCUAAAGACAUCUAUAUGCCAAUAUUCAGCUAGUCAUAGCGCCACCUGCUGACAACAGGAAAUGGCAUGCUUUGCACUAUAAUUCACUCCCAGAAACACAUUUGUAUAUGCCAUGAAGUACCAAACAUGCUAGAAACAUGUUAAAUCAUGUAACACUCGGCUAAGUGCUAAAUUAUGUGAUUAAUGCCACGAAACAGGGAAUUGUUGUAACUCAGGCAUACAAUGUCUGAUCUGCUCCAAACCUCACAUGUUUGAUAAUAGUCUUGGCCUGAAGACAUCUACAUGGCAAUAUUCAGUUACAGUCAAAGUGCCACCUGUUGGCAGCAGGAAGUGUGGCACUUUGAAAUGACUUUGCCACAAUUCUCCUGUAUUUACUCGCUUACAUGCAUAUCGCCCACUGUUCACUGUUUUCCUAAGGCCAACGGGUGGCAGUGAGCUCGGGUGCGAGGGCCCUUUAAUCGCUGCUUGCAGCUUUAAUUACAUCUAUAAUUACACUGUUGAUCCUUUCCCUACCUCUUAACUCACCCUUAAACCUACCCAUACAACCAAACCAGUCCCUAACCUUACCAGUAUCCAACCUCAGUAGAAGAAAAAGUGUUUUCAAUACGACAUGAACACAAUAGGUAUAUAUUGUACUUAUUUUUGAUGUAAGUACACAGUAGUUAAAGACACCUACUAUAAAGUGUGAUCAAAUGUUUAAAAAUAUCAAAAGAGGCAUAAGGAAUACAAAAUCAGCCAUAAAGUGAGCAAGAUAUCAUGCACAACUAGACUGUACAGUAAUUAUACAGAUUAUCAACAUUUAUUAUAAACUUUGACAUAAUGAUCAAGUUCAAAAAAAAAAAAAAAAAAAAAAAAAAUAGCCUGGCACUUCUGGCAACUCAUGAACUUUAAAAAAGGAAGUUUACAAAUCUUAGCAACAAAUCAAGAGCAGAAUCAGUGUUUGGAACAAGAUGAGCCAGAUUAUCUUGCUAUUUUUUUUUUUUUCACGGUUCACAGAGUUAUGGUAAUUGUAUAAAUAUUUUAAAAGCAGUUUAACAUAUUUUCUUUCACUUUCUCAGAAGUGUGAUUGAAUGAAACAAUGAAGGAGGCUUUUUCACAUGUUUCUCAGUGGUUAUGAAAAAUAUCUCACAUAUUCUAUUGUGUUGCUCUUUCCCACCCCUGUGUACAAACUGAUGGCAAUACUUUAUAUUGUAUACAUAAUUAUGUUGACAACAUUAAAUGCUAGCUGUUUAGGCUUUAUUUGGAUUUAGAUUUAACUUGAAUUAAAUCAUUUAGAGUUUCACAAAUCUGAACUCUUAUAAUAAAACACUUAAAAUGCAUUUAGCAAUUAGUGAUAAAUUCCAUUACCAUCAGCAGUCCACAUACUGUGAGUCUGACUGACUAAAUAAAGCAAACUGGCUUUAUCUUCCAGUCAUAAAUACUGUACAGCUAAGUAUGACCAAAAUAAGCAUGAUAUAAGUAUAACCAGCGGACAGAGAGCCGAUAGAUGUGGUAUAUAAAAGUGAUCAGUACAAAAUGACCUAUAAAUGCAACCUGCCAACAAUAAUUCUGUUCUUAAAAACAAACAAAUAAAUAAAUAAAUACAUAAAUAAAUAAACAUACCAAUAAACAAAGAAAUGAAAAAAAAAAAAAAAAAAAUAGAUGAAUAAAUAAAAAUUGCCAUUAUUGUAUUAAAAGUAUGUGACAAAUGUUAUUUUUAUUUUUAUUUUGUAUCAGUAGAGAGUUUAAUAUAAUGUUUUCCAAAGCGUAAAUGAAAGUGAAGUUGCAGAAAAACACACAGUUGCAUAACACUCUCUCCGGUAACUGUGAUGACUUGAAACAACUUAUUCGACCGGUUGAUUAACAUUAAGAAUUUUUAGUUUUACUUCCUCUCAGCUCUAAUAGCUGAUCUAAUCACAGUGUGACGUAAUCACACAAUUUCACUCUCUUUCUCUUCAGCAUCACUGGCUUAAAUGACUUGCCAGGUUGAUUAAGGAAUUUGCAGCAGGUCAAAAACUUCAUUGUAAAGCCACUAAUUUACUGCGAGCAUUUCAGAAAUGCAAUUUUAAUCAUUCACUUCACUUACGGAAACACUUUACAUACAAUAAAGAAAACCUCACAACAAACAACCACAAAAACUCUUUCCCAUCAGAAAAAUUUCAUAACAAUGACAGAGGAAGUAUGAUGCUUUUCAGAGAAACAGAAAGAAUUCAUAAACACCUUCAGAAGGUGCAGAUGCAGAUUGUCUCCAGCGAUCACAGAUCUCAACAUUCCUCAGCUCUCAGGUUAUUUGAGCUGCUGGGAUGGACCUCCAUCACUUCCCAGAUUUAGCAGCUGCUGUAAAUGAUAUAAAAGCAAGAGAGAGCACCUACAGAUACAACAGUGAGACAUCACAAGCUCAUCUACAUCAUGAUCUUCACCAUCACCUGCCUUGCCCUGGUGGCCUCUGCUCUGGGUUGUGGAGUGCCACAGAUUAAGCCACAGACGAUUGGCAGCAGGAUUGUGAACGGACAGAAUGCCAUCUCUGGUUCUUGGCCCUGGCAGGUCUCUCUCCAGCUGCCCAACGGAUUCCACUUCUGCGGUGGAUCCCUGAUCAACCAGAACUGGGUUCUCACUGCUGCUCACUGUGGUGUCGUGGUCGGCUAUCAUCGUGUCAUUCUUGGAGAACAUGAUCGUGGCUCCAAUGUUGAACCCAUCCAGGUCAAACUCGUUUCCAAGGUCAUCACCCAUCCGCUCUACAGCAGCACGACAUUCAACAAUGACAUUGCGUUGCUGAAACUUGCGUCUCCAGUUGUCUUCACUCCCCGUAUCUCUCCUGUAUGUCUGGCUCCAUCAACCAUCAACAUCCUGCCUGGAACCCGCUGCUUCACCACUGGAUGGGGCAAAACUGCCACCACAUCGAGUCCUCUGAUCCUGCAGCAGACAGGUCUGCCCAUCACGAGUCCUGCUGUGUGCAGGCAGAUCUGGGGUCAGAGCAGAAUCACUGAUGCCAUGAUCUGUGCUGGAGCCUCUGGAUCCUCAUCUUGCCAGGGUGAUUCUGGUGGUCCUCUGGUGUGUGAGAGUAAAGGGGUCUGGUCUCUGGUGGGGUCUGUGUCCUGGGGCACCAGCACUUGUAACACUCUUUACCCAGUAGUAUACGCUCGCAUCUCCCAACUGCGCUCCUGGGUCGACAAGACUAUCGCUUCCAACUAGUGCGCCAGUCUGAGCAUUUACCCUUCAAAGGAGGCAAAAGCAGAUUUUACUCAUUAAUCUGUAUUGCAGUUGGUCCUUGUUGAUGGUCUUUUUGUUUCUGACUUUUGGUCUUGUGUCAGUCUGGGCUCCAGUGACCUGUCUGUUAUGUUACUGUUUUGUUUUUGCUUCAUGUUACAUGUUACAGUUUUAUACAAAUAAUGACAAAUUUUCAAUAAAAUGAAAUGAAUACAAUAAAUUGUAAUGAGGAGUGUAAUCAUUUGUCUGAACUUAAAACAUAAGUUACCAUAAUCCACAU